AUGAAUAAAGAACACUUGGAGGAUAUUCUGCAAGCUAGCAAGUCUAACUCAUCGCCCAGCUUUGAUUUCUUCAAUAAACCAUACAUGAUCAGUAACGAACUAAGCACUAUUUCAGUCGAUGAAAAAGGGACAGCUAAGGCAGUUGGGAUUAAUUGGGAGCCCACAAUGGAAUGUGGCGACAACAUCUCUGCUUAUGUUCGAGAACAGUAUGCUUUGGGUUACAAAGUGAAUCGUGUGUUUUUUGAACGUUACAUAGCGAAAAACGGAGAAAUAGCGCUUAGAGCUAUGGUCGCUUUAAUCAAUAGCGUUCACGAAAAAAUAGUUGAAUUGGAUAAAUUAGAAAGCUUCUAUGAGCAACAACUAAUCGAGUAUUUCUUCUCCACAAAAGGAGACUUCCCAGUUGUUGACAACACUAAAGGUAAAAAAACAACAAACUUUGAUCCAGAUUAUUGCGGCAGGAGUUCAUUCCGAAGAAAGCGUAAAAACGAAGACCAUAUUUUCUUUGGAAAUCGACCUGUUACUCGUUCAAGCACACGUAAACAAAAGAAGGAAGAACCAAAAAUAAACUGUUUCUAG